GGAAUUUAUCCCAACUGUCCGUCAAUGGAGUGGUACUCAUGAAUGGACAGACAGUCAGUCAACCGACCAUUGCAUCCAUUUCCUCGUAUAUACAACAACACGAUUUGUUUCAACCAAUGUUUACAGUCAGGGAACACCUAUUAUUUCAUGCAUUAUUACGAAUGGAUAGCAAUUUGAGUAGAAAUGAGAGAAUCGAUUGCAUUCAACGAGUCAUUGAAAAGUUUAAUUUAGCGAAAUGUGCGGAAACACGGAUCGGAGACAACAAACAAUUGAAAGGCAUUUCCGGCGGAGAAAUGAAAAGACUGUCCUUUGCUUCAGAGGUUCUCACAAACCCUUCGCUAAUGUUUUGUGAUGAGCCGACCACUGGUUUGGACUCAUUUAUGGCCAAAAGUAUAGUACAAGUGCUGAAGACUAUGGCAUCGGAGGGACGGACUGUCAUCUGUACUAUACAUCAGCCCUCGUCUCCAGUCUUUCAACUCUUCGACAGUCUAUUACUUAUGGCCGACGGAAGGUUUAAUUUAGCGAAAUGUGCGGAAACACGGAUCGGAGACAACAAACAAUUGAAAGGCAUUUCCGGCGGAGAAAUGAAAAGACUGUCCUUUGCUUCAGAGGUUCUCACAAACCCUUCGCUAAUGUUUUGUGAUGAGCCGACCACUGGUUUGGACUCAUUUAUGGCCAAAAGUAUAGUACAAGUGCUGAAGACUAUGGCAUCGGAGGGACGGACUGUCAUCUGUACUAUACAU